UGUUGUGACAACUUUCUGUCUAUUCGACAAUGCCGAAACCGAUUCCUCAGCCAGUCGCACCCUUUUCGAACCCCCACGAGGACGAGGAGCGAACAGUCCACACAGUCUACGAAGCUAUCGCUCCUCACUUCUCCCAAACGAGAUUCAAACCAUGGCCGCUGAUCGCCCAAUUCCUCUCCACGCAACCACCCGGAUCCAUCGGCCUCGAUAGUGGGGCAGGAAACGGCAAAUACUUGCCCGUAGCGCACCAAGCGGGAUGCGAAAUGAUCGCAUUAGAUCGGAGCUCGGGCCUGUUAUCUCAUGCUCGCAAAAUGGGUUUCGGCGGGCUCAACGCAAACAGGCAGGAAGAUGAUAGAGAAGAAACAGGGGACGGGAAUCAAGUGGCCGAGUGUGUGAGAGGGGAUAUGGGGAUUGAUGCUUGGCGAGCGGGGGUGUUCGAUUUUGUAAUUUCCAUUGCGGCCCUUCAUCAUCUCUCUACUCCCGAGCGGAGGCAGCAUGCCGUCCAAAUCAUGCUCAGACCGCUUCGCUUAUCAAGUCAGCCACCGUACGGAAGGUUCAUGAUCUACGUCUGGGCGUAUGAGCAGGGAGAGAGUAGUAGACGAAAAAUGGGGACUGCAGUUUUUGACGCUGCGUCUAAACCUGAUAACGAGUUUGCUUCCAGUGCCGUCUCUCCAUUACAAGAGAAAAAAGAGGGAGAAGAGCAGGGAAAAGAGAAAAUACAAGACGUGCUUGUACCGUGGGUGUUGGCACCCAAGAAGGGAGAGACUUUCAAAAAGUCAAAACAGCCAAAGCAACCCAACCCCAAACAACCCAGUCAGUCUAAGAAAAGGCAACAAGAUCUGGAAGAACCUAUAUCAAGGAUUGAGUGCCUUCACAUUGAUUCUCCUUUCCAGCUCUCAGGAUCUAAACCGCAAACGGAAACUCUUCUCUCUGAACCAACGAACUUAUCAGAACCACAACCAGAACCACAGCCAAUCCCCAAACCAGAACCCCAAGUAUUCCACCGCUACUACCACCUCUUCACAGCUGGCGAGCUGCAAUCCCUCGUCGAAGCUGCCGGUCGGGCAGAGGGAUUUCGUGUCAUAUCAUCUCAAAGCAGUGGGGAUGACGGAAAUCAAGCCGAUACUAAGGGUAAUGAGAGGGACGGAAUCGAAGGGAGCGUAGUAGAAAGGGAAGAAGUAGUGGGGAAAUGGGAGGGAGGAGAGGAGCGAAAGUGGUUACGCGUUAGAGGAGUAGGAUGGGAGAUGGAUAACUGGUGGUUAGAAGGUGAAGUCGGGAAAUCAUAGAUCAUGCCACCUCCUCUAAACAAGAAGUAAUGCCAAACUUUUAGCGAAGAGUUCCGCAGAAUUUUUGGCAGGUCUUUGUUCGUU